AAACGUCGAAUGAAUAAAUAAAAAAAUUGCCACAAAUUGUGCUCAUUGUGCUCAUGCUCUUCUAUAUAGCUUAAUCUCCACUUUAUAUAUUGAUGCAACUCACCAACAUCAUGAUUCAUGCCAUGGCUUCCCAAACUUACCAGCAACACUUCCUUCUUGUACCCUUCAUGUCCCAAAGCCAUCUUAUUCCUUUUACACAGUUAGCCAAGUUACUUGCAGCCAAUGGUAUCACUGUCACCAUUGUCCUCACACCCCUCAAUGCAACCAGGUUCAACAUGGUCAUUGACCAAGCAAAAGCUUCCAACCUCAAAAUCCACUUUAAGGUGCUACCCUUCCCCUGCAAAGAAGCAGGGUUACCAGAAGGGUGUGAAAACAUGGACUCUGUCACUUCCCCUCAACACCAACCCUUGUUCUUUGCAGCUUGCAACAUGCUUAAACAGCCACUUGAGAAAUGGCUUUCAGAGCUGGAAACAGUACCAACCUGCAUCAUUUCAGAUAUUUGCCUUCCUUGGACUUCAAGUACUGCAACAAAGUUCAACAUACCAAGGGUAAUCUUCCAUGGAAUCUCUUGUUUCACCCUUUUGUGCUCACAUAACAUUAGCACUUCCAAGGUUCAUGAGAGGGUCACCUCAAUGUCUCAGCCAUUUGUGGUGCCAGACUUGCCUGAGAGAAUUGAAUUCACAAAGGCACAGUUACCUGAAGCAAUGAUGAAGGACUCUGAGUCUUUGAAAGAAGCUAUUGAACAAUUCAAAAAGGCUGAACUUUCCUCACAAGGGAUAUUGGUGAACACUUUUGAGGAGUUGGAGAUGAUGUAUGUUAGGGGGUAUGAGAAAGUGGCAAGAAAUGUUUGGUGUGUCGGACCACUUUCUUUAUAUGAAAAAUUAAUGUUGGAGAAGCUUGGGAGGGAUGAUAAACCAUCCAUGGAUGAGUCAGAAUGUGUAAAAUUUCUUCUUUCUAACAAGCCUUGUUCUGUUAUCUAUGUCUGUUUUGGCAGCAUGUCUCACUUUCAAGCUUCACAGCUAAAGGAGCUAGCUUUGGGAUUGGAAGCAUCAAACCAUCCAUUCAUUUGGGUAAUUGGAAAAAAUGAUUGUUCUGCUGAGCUAGAAAAAUGGUUAGUAGGGGAGAAUUUUACAGAGAGGAACAAGGGAAGGGGUGUCAUAGUGAGAGGAUGGGCACCACAAGUUGAGAUACUGUUCCACCCUGCAACUGGAGGAUUCUUGUCACACUGUGGUUGGAAUUCCACACUGGAAGCAGUUUCUGCAGGUGUGCCAAUGAUAACUUGGCCAAUGGUUGCUGAACAGUUCUUCAAUGAGAAGCUCAUUGUGCAAGUUCUGAAGACUGGUGUGAGGAUUGGGGUUGAAGGUGGUGGGGAUACCAUUGUGAAGAAGGAGGAUGUGAAGAAGGCUAUUGAGCAGCUCAUGGAGCAGGGUGGGGAAGGGGAACAGAGAAGGAACAGAGCCAAGAAACUAAAAGAAAUGGCUCAUAAGGCACUUGAAGAUGGUGGAUCUUCCUCUUCAAAUUGCAAAUCAUUUAUCCAACAUAUUGUGGGGCAAGUUCAUAGUUAAUGAUUAAGCAUAAGCAAAAAAUGAUGGCACAUUAGUUAAAUGUGUAUUUUAUAUGUUUCUUCUUCUAAUAAAAAUAUAACAACUCAAUAAAGCAAUGUUUCAGUUUCA